CAUGCCCAGAAGUAUCUGGCUUCCCUGAUUCCCUUGCACUGUCUUGGACCGGGGCCCGUGGCUUGUUUGCUUGUUGAACCUCGAACCGACCGUCGGCACUCGGGGGUCCCGAGGCUUACAGCUAUGGAAGCAAUUCCUCUUCCGAGCUUCGCUUCUCGAAAACUCUUCCUCUCGCCUUUUCAUCCGCCAAGAAUUCGCACUCGGAUUACCCCCUUCGGCUUUACAGUUCGCGCCAAACAAUCUUUUUUCCAGGCCGAUUUUCAGAGCUAUGUGAAGCCUUCUCGUCUUCUGCCAGGCUCAGAGGUGAAAGUCAGCACAAACACAUUAAUAGAAAGGGCCUCUUCGUCUCUGAAGGAGGAUACCUCAAAGUCUCUAUUCAGGGUCAAGUUAUGUACCAGUAGCAUAUAUGGCUCAAGUUUAAGUAACUUAAAUGCUGGAGUUCUUUUAUGCUUGAUAGCUGAAGACGGGAAUUCAAUAUUGCAAAGGAUACCUGCAAGUUUGAUGAUGGACCACUCUACAAAAACAGGGGAUAUAAAUGAUGUGCUUCAUUUCCAAAGAGGUUCCGUUGAUGAUUUCAUCUUUGAGGGACCUAAAAUUGGAAGAGUUAAAGCUCUUUGGAUUGACGUUGAAUCAGGUCAAUGGCGGCUUGGUAGUGUGUCGAUAACGGUUCUUAGUUGCGAAUUCAAUUCAUCAUUAAAAGAAGAGGAGAUAUAUGAGUACACUGGCUUCCAGUAUGACUUUGAGAAUGAUGAUGUUUUGCUUGGGGAAGGAAGCGAUCUCGGUGUGCUGGAAAUAAGGCCGAGCCUUGUAACUGAGUUAAGUGGGGUUGACCCCCUUGUCUAUUUCAGCAAAAUUGCUUCCGAUAAUACCCUGCCUCAAUAUCCUAAGAUAUCAAAUGAGGAUAGCAUGAGGGAGUAUGCAGAUCUAAAAUUCUCAUUGCUAUUAUAUGAUGCUAUGCUGGUGUUCUUUGGCACGUCCUUUGUUUCCCUCUCAGUUGGGAAAAAUGAAGGCUGUGCUUUCUUGCUAGGUGGGAUUGUUGGGUUUUUGUAUCUGCUAUUAUUGCAGAGAUCCGUGGAUGGAUUGCCAGUUCCAGAAUCAAUCACUGGAGAGAGGAGGGAAAGCAGUCCAUUGUUGGGGGGAUUGAAGGGCCCAAUAUGGAGCGUGGCAUUUGCAAUAGGCUUUGUUUUAUUGGCGGCGAGGUAUGGUUCGGGAGAUUUGCAAGUGAACUUGACCCCAAAGGAAGUCAUAGUUGGAAUGAUGGGGUUUCUUGCGUGUAAGGUUUCUGUGGUGUUAGCCGCAUACAAGCCCAUGACACUGCAUCUGAAAUCACCGAGUGACAAAUAAUUUGCCGCUGGCAAAAGUGGGGGAGUUUGUCACGGCAAAUUCCCGAAGUGGACAAUUUUAUACACAGAAAGGCAGGUAGUCUAAGUUGAUAAAGAAUACGUGUAGAUAUCUUAAAGUUGAGUCUCGUUGAAAAGUAACUUCGAAGUCUGAUGUAUACAUUUCUUUCACGAUAGGUUUUUUUCAAAAUUUUGUGAAGUUAGGAACUUAAUAUAUACAUACACAAAUGAAGAUGGCGAGCUGUCAUUGAAAAAGAAAGAUGAGGUGAGGGAACAUUAGAAGUUUUUGACUCUGAUCAGGGGCAUUAGCCCACUUGCUUUGGAGACGUACUCUUGGAGGGAUCCAGCCAGUGAUGGUAUCUAUGUGAGGGGAACAAGUGAUUCAUAAUUAAAGAUGCAAAGACGGGGCUGGCAGAAUGCAUGUGAAUCCACUGCGGAGAGCAAAAUGAUUAAAUAUUGAUUGGAUAAUAGUGUACAACAGGUAUUCAGGAUCCUUGUCCAGAAAAUUCGACCUCUCAUAAUGCAAUGACUAAAGUGGUGGAGCCUGA